AGCUCUGCCAGCGCGGCCUCUGAUUGGCUGUCGGUGGAAACCUCAGACAAAGUCGCUCUCCUCGGUGCUGAAAUCGCCGACCGUCGCGAUAAUGUAAACGGCGAUGAGGCCAAACCGAGCAUCGGAAAAAAAAUACAAAAAUGGACGAUGACCUGUUUCAGCUGAGACAACUUCCUGUUGUCCGCUUCCGUCGCACAGGUGAGAGCACACGGUCUGAGGAAGAUGUCGAAAGCAGAGAGCAGAAUGUCAGACCAGCAGAGCCUGCUGAUCUGGAGUCUGUGGCACUUGCAGAAGGACCUCCAGUGCCUCGAGAGUUUGCCAAUCCAACUGAUGACACAUUCAUGGUAGAAGAUGCUGUGGAGGCUAUAGGCUUUGGUACAUUUCAGUGGAAACUCUCCAUCCUCACUGGCUUGUCCUGGAUGGCUGAUGCCAUGGAAAUGAUGAUACUCAGCAUCUUAGCCCCACAGCUCCAUUGUGAAUGGAGGCUGCCAAGCCUUGAGGUGGCACUGCUCACGUCGGCAGUGUUCAUUGGGAUGAUGAUCAGCUCUUCUCUUUGGGGAAAUAUAUCUGAUAAAUAUGGCAGAAAAAUGGGCUUGACACUGAGCGUGCUUUGGACCAUGUUCUACGGCCUCAUGAGUGCAUUUGCACCCAUUUACGGGUGGAUCCUGGUCCUCCGUGCGCUGGUGGGCUUCGGUAUAGGAGGGGCACCGCAGUCGGUGACCCUGUAUGCUGAGUUUCUUCCUAUGAGAUCCAGGGCUACGUGCAUCUUACUAAUUGAGAUCUUUUGGGCGAUCGGCACUGUUUUUGAAGUCCUGCUAGCGAUCCUGGUGAUGCCCACUCUGGGUUGGCGCUGGCUGCUCGGCCUUUCCACCAUCCCUCUCUUCAUUUUUGCCUUUCUGUGCUAUUGGCUGCCAGAGAGUGCUCGGUAUGAUGUGCUGACAGGGAACCAGGAAAAAGCACUGGCCACCCUGAAACGUAUAGCCACAGAGAACGGUGUCCCCAUGCCUCUAGGGAAACUUAUUGCUGCUAGACAGGAAGACCGGGGGAAGAUUCGAGACUUAUUUUCGUCACACUUCCGCUGCACAACAGUUCUGCUCUGGUUUAUCUGGUUUGCAAACGCCUUCUCUUACUACGGACUAGUGCUGCUCACCACAGAGUUGUUUCAGGAAGGAGGUGCAUGUGGAAUGUCCAAAGGGGGUAAAAAGGAGGUCCGAUGCAACUUGGAGUGUAAAUAUCUCAAUUCUGAUGAUUAUAAAGAUCUGCUCUGGACCACUUUAUCUGAAUUCCCGGGACUGCUGGUCCCACUGUGGGCUAUUGAUCGACUGGGACGGAGAAAGACCAUGGCAUUGUGUUUCUUUGUCUUCUCUAUGUGCAUCAUCCCUCUGUAUGGAUGUGUUGGGAGAACGUCCAUGACAGUGUUGAUAUUCAUAGCCAGAGCAUUUAUUUCUGGAGGCUUCCAGGCAGCCUAUGUUUAUACUCCAGAGGUUUAUCCAACAGCAACCAGAGCAUUGGGUCUGGGGACAAGCAGUGGAAUGGCCAGAGUUGGUGCCCUCAUCACUCCCUUUGUUGCACAGGUGAUGCUGGAGUCUUCAGUGUACCUGGCCCUCUCCGUGUACUGCUGCUGCUGCCUGUUUGCCGCCGUCGCCUCCUGUGCUCUACCCAUUGAAACCACAGGCCAGGGCCUGCAGGAGUCCAGCCACCAUGAGUGGGGACAGGAGAUGGUAGGCCACAGAUCAGAAGAAAUCCCACACUCCAACUCUGGCUCUCAGAGUUAAGGACAUGUUGGCUGAGGUGCAAACUGAAGGCGAGAGCAGCAACAAGACAAGAUGAGAAGAGGGGAGAAAGCUAAACCAGCGUUCUGCCUGUCUUGUAUGUCUCUCCUAAGAGCCAAUCAGCACCAUUUUGUACAUCACAUCACUGUAUGUAAAGUCCUUAAACACCAUCACAGGAUUGCCUCAGUAAAACAACAUCCACACAGUGUGAGUUAAAAAGACCAAAUGAUGUACAGGAGAGGAUGGUGAAAAUGGGUAAUAUUUCUUAAACAGGGAAGAUAAGAAGUGAAAAAAUGUUCAAAUUUAGCUUCAUACAGCUACCUUCAUUGAAAAGAGCCUUAAAACAACCUAUUCAGUCUGUGGCACAGACAACCUCUGGACCCGUUGAUGAAGCUGCUUCUGUAGUAUACAAAGUAUCCUAAACAUACCAUCUGCUAAGCAUUCUUAGUAAGGAAACAUGAUCAUCUGGUUUACAAGUAAAUUACCUGCUGAAAUGCACUUUAACAAGUUGUUGAAGUAAAAAAAUUACUCCUCAAAUUAGCUGACCAGAUUAAUAAUGUAAGUUUUCUCAUUUAACAGUCCCACUUAUCGUGUUAAAUAUAUAUUCUCUAUAGGAAUCCAAGAUUUUCUCACAUAUAUCAGACCUCUUUAUUAAAUUAUGUGGACAGUAUUUCUACAUUACAGCACAAACAGUGAGAGUCUGCAAAGAGCUUUCUAAAAGUGUCAUUAUUUUUAAACAUAAAUUGAUUCUACUCAUCUAAGAACUGGCAGAUUAAGAUUUAAAGUUUUUUUUAAUUUCACCCACAAGUUUCCUCUGACAGCAAGUAGUUCUCCAGCCAGUCCACACUAAAAUCUGGUAGAGAAUCUAGGGUAAUAUAUAUAUAGGGUAAUUUCCUGUCAGAAAUAAACUUCUCAGUUGAAUGAAAAUAAUUUUAAAUCUAAAUCUGCCUGAUGAAAGUAUAAAAAGUAUGAAAAAAUCUGGGUAUAAUUGUACAUUCAAAUGGCCAUUCCGAUAAUCUGGCCAUCCAGCCAGAGACCUGCACAUUACUUAGUUAAAAUAUUAAAAUAAUGUUAAAGAUAGUCCAUUACUGAUAAAAUCUUGACCAUAGAAGUCCAGUAUGUUAAAAACAGUCACUAUAGCAAGAUGUCCACUGUGUGUCCCAUAAUAUUUUUAAGAAAAUCUUGUUGUAAUUGAUAAAGGUGAAGCUGAUACAUAUCAGGCUGUAGCUAUGGCCACUUUCACGAGUAACUGUUGCUUUUUAAUUUCUUUGUGUCUGAUUCCAAAGGAAUACCAUCAUAAGAUUCAAUGACGAUUUAAGAGAUUACAGCCUCAAAUAAGUUUUUGCUUUAACCAAGGACGCUGAGGGCAAGGGCUUAGACUGAGAACAACCCGUUUUAGUUUGUCUACAUUUAAGGACUGAAUUGCAGUAUUUUGUAAAAGUAUUCAUACUUCUUUUUUUUAAUCACAUUACAAACUUCACUGCAUUUUAAUAGGAUCUUACAGUUUGUGUCAGACCAACACAAAGUAGCACAUAAUUUUGAAGUGAAAGGAAACAUAUAUAGAUGGUUUUCAUUUUUUUCAAAUAAAUAGCUCAUUUCUA